AUGGACAAUGACAAGCUGCGUGUCUGUGUGCGCAGCCUCGCUGGGAACAACAUCUGCUGCCUAACCACCAGCCGGCAGGAAGCGAUUGAGGCACUGAAAGUCCGGGUGGCAGCCAUCUGCAGAAUUCCGGAAACUCAGCAGCGGCUACUGCACAACGGACGGGAGCUUCGUUGCUUGAAGGACUUGCCAUGCGAUCUGGAGUUGGACGUCACGCUUGUUCGGCGUCCUGCUGAGCAGGUUGAGUGGCUCGAGAAGGUGUCGACCUGCGAGGCGGACUUGUCGAAGGCGCCGGAGCUGAUCAGGGAAGACCGAGAGGUCCUCGUGACUGCCGUCCGUGUUGAUGACGAUGCUUUGCAGUGGGCAUCUCGCGAUUUGCGCGGAGAUAAAGUGGUGGUGCUGGAAGCAGUGCGCAGGUGUGGCUUUGCUCUUGCAUGCGCAGAUGAGUCGCUGCAGGCAGAUCGGGAAAUUGUGCUUGCUGCUGUUACUCGACAUGGACUCGCACUAGAAUUUGCUGCAGCAGCGCUACAAAAUGACCCAGAGGUAGUUCUGAUGGCCAUUGGGCAAGAUGGGAAUGCUUUCCAAUUUGCCAGCGUCGCCCUCCGCUGCGAUCGCGACUUUGUGUUGAAGUCAGCGCAACGGAAUGGAUAUGCACUGACGUACGCUAGUGCGGAGCUGCGGGGCGACCGCGACAUUGUUUUCGCUGCCAUUGAGAGAACGGGCUGGAUCUACGAAUGCGGGGCACAAGUGGCUCAGUUUGGGGGCUGGGCACUGCAAUGUGCUGACACGAAGCUGCAGGCAGACCGAAAUUUGGUCCUUUGUGCUGUCCGCCGCGACGGUGCUGCGUUAGCAUUCGCCAGCACGGCCCUUCGGCAGGACGAGGAGCUUGUCCUCGCCGCGGUGCACCAGAACGGUGAUGCUUUGGCUUUUGCAGCACCUUCGCUGCGUGCCAAGCGGGAGGUGGUGUUGGCAGCUGUGCAUGGCUCAGGGAUGGUGCUGGAACAUGCUGCCGUCGACUUAUGUGACGACGAAUCCAUAGUUGCACCAGCUGUGCGAAGACAUGGCGCUGCCCUUCGUUUUGCUUCAGCGCGACUUCGGGGCUGCCGCGAGGUCGUUUUGGCAGCUGUCCGCUCGGAUGAGAAUGCUUUGAGCUUCGCUUCCGAGGAGUUGCGCUCUGACAAGUUCGUUCGCCGUACAGCUCGGCGAUGUGCUCGAGUGGAGCGGUCCAGAUCCAGAAGCCUUCGCAGAGGAACGUAG